AUGUCCAAUUUUGCCUUGAGAAAAACGUCUCCCACAGGAAAUGAUAUGAAGAGUUCCACUCAGGGGGCCAGACUGAGACAACAGGGGUUUCACGACGUUAACAAAAGAAGAACUUUCUUACAGGAUAAUAGCUGGAUAAAGAAACGUCCUGAAGAAGAAAAAGAUGAAAAUUAUGGUAGGGUGGUGCUCAGCAGACACAAUUCCCAUGAUGCCUUGGACAGGAAAAUACAUGAGAGACAAGAGCCAAAAGCUACAAUUAGUCGGUAUAGAUCUGAUGACACUUUGGACAGGAUCUCAGACAGAAAUGAUGCUGCUAAAGUGUAUAAGGCCAAUACCUUGGAUAACCAACUAACCAAUAGGAAUAUGUCCACAUUUAGAUCAUCGGAAGCAACAAAGUCGCAACCUGGUGGUUUGUUGAGUGUAAACACUGCUAAUACCACAGCUUCCACCUCUGCAGCUACUCCUGUAAAGAAGAAGAGACAGUCCUGGUUUCCGCCACCCCCUCCAGGUUAUAAUGCCAUCCUGAGCACAGGUGCCAGCAGAAGGGAACCAGCUUUUCACCCUCCAAUACCUCCAAAACCCAGUUCUCCUGUUUCUUCUCCUAAACACCUGAGACAGGAUAAUAGGCAGAUAUGUCCACCUAAACCAGGUGUACGUACAGAAACCAACAGAUCCUCUGAAAGAAACAUCAGGAGUCAGGAUCUUGACAACAUCAUCAAAGUGGCCACUUCACUUCAGAAAACUGACAAGGGUGAAGAAUUGGAUAAUCUCAUCAAAAUGAACAAAAGCUUGAAUAGAAAUCAAGGUCUUGACGGUAUCUUCAGAGCAAAUCUGAAGGCAGAGGAAACAGCAAAAAGAGCCAAAAGCCUUGAAAGCCUCAUCUGUGUGAAUACCCGGACAGACAAAGAUGGCAAAGAAACCCAAGAUCUUGGAAGUCUUAUUAAAGUUAAUCAAAGGACUUACAAAAAUGAGAAGGGAAGUCAAGAUCUUGAAUCUAUUAUCAAAGCGAAUGCCAAGACAGACAAAACCAGCAGAAGAGGUGAAGACCUUGAUAAUGUUAUCAAAGUGAAUCAGAAAGGAAAUGAAAAUACCACUGGAAAACAAGACCUCGAUGAGCUUAUUAAAGUCAGUCCUGAAACUAAUAAAAAUAUGAGGAGGGGACAAAGCCUUGACAAUCUUAUCAAAGUGACCCCGGAAGUAAAUAGAAGUAACCAAGGGGACCAAAGUCUUGACAGCCUCAUCAAGGUGGGUCCUGAAACAAACAGAACUAACCAAGGGAACCAAGACCUGGACAAUCUUAUCAAAGUGAUUCCCCCAGAAAACAAAAGAAACGAAGAUCUUGAUAAGCUCAUCAAAGUGAAUCCUGAAAUUCUCACAAACAACCAAAGAAACCAAGGUCUUGAUCACCUCGUCAAAGUGAAUCCUGCAGUAGUCAGAAACAAUCAGAGCCAAGGCUUGGACAAUCUUAUUAAAGUGAAACCCUCAGCUCUCAGAAACAUUAAUCGAGACCAGGACCUGGACAAUUUGAUUAAAGUAAAUUCUCAUGUGUCUCAAAAUAAGAAUGAAAGCUCCAAUGCUGGAAUCAAGCAUGCAGGACCAAAGGAUACUGUUGUGUACACAAGGACAUAUGUGGAGAAUAGUAAAUCACCAAAGGAUAGCUAUCAGGAGAAUAUCUCUGGAAAAUACAUACAAACUGUUUAUUCGACUUCAGAUAGGUCUGUCAUUGAAAGAGAUAUGUGCACUUAUUGCCGAAAACCCUUGGGUGUAGAAACUAAAAUGAUUUUAGAUGAAUUACAAAUUUGCUGCCAUUCUACUUGCUUUAAGUGUGAAAUAUGUAAGCAGCCUUUGGAAAAUCUACAAGCAGGUGACAGUAUUUGGAUUUAUAGGCAUACAAUACACUGUGAACCUUGCUACUCUAAAGUUAUGGGGAUGACCAUGCUGAGUAAGCAGUCUACAUUGUACAGUGCGCUAGAGGCCAAUGUUGAAUUGGAUCUGUGGCACGCGGACAGGGCCCACAUCAGACUUCUACUUCAGUGUUCCGGGAAGGGACCAAAUCAGCCGGCCCGGGUCACCCCUCUAGAGAAGGCAGGCACCUGCGGCGUCUCCUUCGGAGCCCCGCACCUGGCUCUGAGACCCGCGCAGUUGGCUCUCUGGGCUGCGGCGGGAGGAAGCGCCUGUGGCGGGAAAGUUCAGGCCAGGUCCAAUCAGGCACCUGGGGUUAGGUGGCGUGGGUGGGUGCGCUGCCCCAGGCCCCAGCCCGCGCUGCCGGCCCCGCCCCCUCAGGGGCUCCUGUCCCCACCCCGUCCCCAGGGCCGGCCCUCCGCCCCCGCCCCCGCGCCCCGCCCCGCCCCCGGGCCGCGGCUAAAACCCGGAGCCGCGGCGGCGCCCAGGGGACUGGAGGGGCGCACUGAGCAUGUGCAGAGCGGCUCGGCGGCUGCUGCCUCGGCCCGAGGCUAG